CUGUUCUGGAAGCGUCUCCUGACCAACCAUAUGGCUGGGAAUAGAAUGAUGUCACAAAGCAGUCUGACGGGGAAGGUCGCCAUAGUGACAGCGUCGACAGAUGGGAUCGGUUUGGCCGCGGCGCGGGGCCUGGCGCAGAGGGGCGCUCAGGUCGUGGUGAGCAGCCGGCGGAAGGAGAACGUGGACCGGGCCGUGGCCGAGCUCCGGGCCGAGAGUCUCCAGGUGACCGGCACCACCUGCAACGUGGGCAACAAGGAGGACCGGGCGCGGCUGGUCUCCACGGCUGUCCAGGCGUACGGCGGGAUCGACAUCCUGGUCUCCAACGCGGCCGUCAAUCCCUUCUUCGGGAACAUACUGGACUCCACGGAGGAAGUCUGGGACAAGGUAAGACAGCUCUGUCAAGAAUCCAGCCUGCCCGACAGGCUGACUCGACCGGUGGCCAUCACCUCUCCAGGUACUGACACCCCUCCGAAGCCCCCUGGCUUCCCGCACAAUGUCAUGGGUAUGGUGCUGAAGGGUCUCUGA